GUCUUCUGUCAUUUCCUUCUAAAAGCCAAACAAUAAUUUCUGGUUAGGCGCCAAGAAAUAGAUUCUUUGAGAAAAUAAAACUUGUCCGUCUACAAUAAAAGAAAAGCAACGACUAAUAUAAAAUGGAAACUAUGGAAGUAGCUCCAGCAGCAGUUCUUAACAAUCAUGUUACCAAGGGAGAGAAAAUGGAAGAUAUACCUGCCGAAGAAAUGACCUCCAGAGAUUAUUACUUCGAUUCUUAUGCACAUUUUGGAAUCCACGAGGAAAUGUUAAAAGAUGAAGUAAGAACGCUUACAUAUAGAAAUUCCAUGUAUCAUAACAAACAUUUAUUUGCGGGCAAAGUUGUUAUGGAUAUUGGCUGUGGUACAGGUAUUCUUAGUAUGUUUGCUGCUAAGGCCGGGGCUAAAAAAGUUCUUGCCGUUGAGUGUUCGAAUAUAGUGGACUAUGCUAAACAAAUAAUCGAAACCAACAAAUUAGAUCACAUCAUUACAAUUGUCAAGGGCAAAGUAGAAGAAAUAACAUUACCAGACGGUAUUGAGAAAGUAGAUAUUAUAAUUUCCGAGUGGAUGGGUUACUGUUUGUUUUAUGAAAGUAUGCUCGAUACAGUACUUUUUGCAAGAGACAAGUGGUUGCAGCCUGAUGGUCUUCUAUUUCCUGAUCGAUGCUCACUAUUUGUUACUGCCAUUGAAGACAGACAGUAUAAGGAUGAAAAAAUUAACUGGUGGGAUGAUGUUUAUGGUUUUGAUAUGAGUUCUAUACGCAAAGUAGCUAUUAGUGAACCUUUAGUGGAUGUGGUGGAUCCUAAACAAGUUGUUACUGGACCUGCUUUAAUAAAGGAAGUAGAUCUGUAUACUGUAAAAAAAGAAGAUCUGGAAUUUACUUCACCUUCAUGCUGACAGUUCGAAGAAAUGAUUAUGUGCAAGCUUUAGUUACAUAUUUCACAGUUGAAUUUAGCAAAUGCCAUAAGCGUAUAGGUUUUACCACUGCCCCAGAUGCUCCUUACACCCAUUGGAAACAAACAGUUUUCUAUUUUGAAGACUACAUGACGGUUAAGAAGAAUGAAGAAAUACAUGGAAUGUUUACAAUGAAACCUAACCCCCGUAAUAACAGGGAUUUAGACUUUGUCAUUGAACUACAUUUCAAAGGAGAGUUAGGAGAAGUGCACGAAGCCAAUAGAUAUAGAAUGCGUUAACAUAUUUUUCUAGUAUAAGUUUUUUAUCUGUUACUACUAUUGCAAUUGUCAAAUAACUGCAAGUUGAAAUCACUUGAUACAGAACCUUUGAUGGAUCAUUUAAAUGUAAAAAAUGUAUAAGUAAUGCUUUUUAAUAUUUGGUUGAUUCAGGCCAUAGCAGCUAGAUGUUUUUAUGGCAUCUGCCAUAAUUUCACAUACCAGUUUUUUAGCAGUAAGGAGUAUAUAGGAGAUAUUAAUUUUUAUAUUGAUUAUAAUACCAUAAUAAACUUUUACUUGAUUAAAAAAGAGUUAAAAUUUGGUUUUUUAAAUCUAAAACUAUCAAAAUAAAUUAGUAAAAAACAGAUGAGGUAGAAAAUAACAAUAUGAGGUAAAAUUAGGUAGAUAGUUUCAAUAAUCGAAUAAGUAGGUGUAAUAGAUAUAAUAAUAAUAAGUAGGUUUGAGAGUUGUUUUUAUUUUAUGACAAUUCAUAUUGUUUUAAGGUUUAAAAAAACUAUAAUUGCUUUAAACUACAUAGAUAUAAUUAAGUUUCAACUUCCAUCAUAAAAAAUAUGUUUUAAAAUCAUAGUUUAUUUCCAAGAUAUUAAAAAACAGAUGCUAUAAAAAAAUCAACAACAUUCUUACAAGAAACAAGUUUACUGAAAGAGUAUUAAAAAGUGUAUUCAUAUAUUUUUAUUCGUGUGUAUUUCUGAAUUAGUGGGAGAGAUUCUUAGCAACAGAUAGUUCUGUAAUUAAAAAAUGACUUAAAAAGUAAUAUCACACUAUUAUUUUAUACCAGCAAAACAAGGUAAGACCUUAACUUUCAUGAAAAUGUAGUGGUAUAUCUGUGAUAGUUUUAAUGGUCCUUUAAAGAGAUCUCUCUUCCAUUUUAUAUUUGCAGUUUACAGGUGACAAAAGUGAUAAAAGAUAAAUGAACUUAUACUUGGUGAGAAAGUUAACUUUACUCUUAAAAAACGCCUAGUCGUUUAAUUUUGUAUUACGUAACCAAAUAGAUUAAUUCAACUAUGAAAACUACCCCAGUUUUGUUUUCUGUAAUUCUUUGUAUCUCAAUGUACAAAAACUGGUUGUUUUAAAAAGUUUCCAUUUUAUAACUUGAAAACCAACAAUUAAGUUAUGUUGAUGAUCUGUGACAUUGAUUUUUUUAUAUCUUUUAAUUGAUAAGUAUUUAAUCUUUGAGUAAGAGUAUUGAAUAAACCAUGGAAUUUU